AACAAUUCUUCUUGAUUUGACAAGACUGUUGAACUUUGUUUUAUUGCAAUCUCGCAUUUUCGUUCGAGUUUCUUCGACAGUAACUUGUUCUGUUCAAAGCGGACCGACAGUGAUUUUGUUACCAUGGCUUUUUUCCAGAAGGCAAAGAGGGACAGCCUCCCAUCCAGUGACAGUACAUCAUGUCCUGUUUGUAAUGAAGAAUAUAUGGAAGAGCCAAAACAGCUUCCGUGCUUGCAUACAAUCUGCCAGAGUUGUCUGUCUGAUACUGCACCUAAGAAUGCUCUCAAGAUAUUUUGUCCGAUCGACAAGCAAGAAUUACCUCUCCCUAUGGGUGGGAUAGCCAUGCUUCCAACCGACUACCGUAUUCUGCGUUUAGUGGAAGCGAAAAGCGGCCAAAUAAAGAAAGAACGCACAGAACGAAAGCCAAGAGAACGCAAAGCGACGUCCGAGCGAUCAGAGCGGAGGAAAUCGAAGAAUACAGACGAGGAUUCGCCUCCUCCCCUUGAGGAACAAGAACAGCGAAUGAAAAAGCAAGCACAGGAGAUGACAGAGAAGCUGAGAAAACUACUGGAGGAGAAGGAAAAGGAGCUGUUUAAAAAGAUCGAUGAAGCGAUUGAAAGAGAGAAACGAAGUUUAAUGAAUGGGGGAGCAGAGAACGGUGACAAGAAACCUCCAGCGAUAUUUCUACUAGAUCUUACUCCGAGUCGCAAGAUCAUACAGAGCAUCAAAGAGGAGGGACUGGCAACUAUUCAAGGAAAUCGCAAGGCCCCCACCCUACUGAGUGAUCUAAAUACCUCGGGUAUUACCCCUAUUGCGUCAAUUAAAAACACUGCUCCCAACGUGUCUUACAGGGACGCAGCGGAAGUCAUUCGCUCGCUUAAGGUACCACUACAAUUCAAGAGUUUCUUUAACCCAGGCGCUGUGGCAUCCAGUGCUGAUGGUCAUUUGGCAGUCACGGAUUAUGGCAAUGAAUGCGUUUGGUUGUUUAAUCCUGAUGGCUCCUUUAAUUGUCAGGUUAGUUAUGUCCACCGUACCUCGUCUAGCCUGAGAUCAUACCCUCUCCCUAUUAUCCCUUUAUGUCUCUCACGGGAAGAGGGCGUUAUUUUUUCCCCUCUCGAGCCAAAGAAACAGAGAAGCAAAAAAAAAAAACGCCUAAUCUCAGGUUAUACCUCGACUGGAAUUAUGCGUCGUUUUUCAACAUUGUUGCUAUGUGUCUCAAAUUGGCGCACGUCAGUCAUUGUCAUCGUACAUGUGAUCUGUAAUAUCAUCCUCAUAAUCAUCAUACUCAUUGCGUGUUCUUGUCGUCAUCAUUAUCGUCAGAAGCCUAUUGGAUGGACUCCUGUCAUCGUCACCAUCAUCAUCAUCAUCAUCAUCGUUAUCAUCAACGUCAGUACCACCAUCACCACUUUCAUUCGUGUAAUAAUAAUAAUAAUAAUAAUAAUAAUAAAAAUCGUUCAAUGCAGCACUCUAGAUGAUGACCAGUUUCCACAAUAUUUAUUAAUCUUUUACUUCUUUAAGGUUGGCCAAGACGGAGAUGUUACAAUGGAAUGCCCCGAUGGGAUAUUUUUCCUGCCCAACAAUAACAUUGUGGUAUCGGAUGGGCCAUUGGAUGGCGCGCAAAGCAUACAGUUGUUCGAUAUCUCUGGUAAAUUCAUCCGCUGCCUGGCUGAAGUUGAUGAUGAUGAUGAUCUCAGUUUUAGCAGCAUAUUUGUAGACGCUGACGAACGGAUCCUUGUUGCAUGUAAUGGCUUGCGUCCUUGCAUUCAAGUUUACAGUAAAGAUGGCGAAGAGUACAGCCUUGAGAUGGAAUUGGGCGAAGAUCAACUUGAAAGUCCUGAGAAAGCUAUCUUCUACAAUGGAAAGUUUUUCGUCUCUGAUUCAGAUAGCAAGAAAAACAUCACCAUGAUUAAAGUAUUUGAUGCUGAAGGCGCGUUUGAAACUUCCUUUGACGAGGACAAAUACUCCUUGGGGCAGCGAGACAACAUGGGUAUUGACAUCGUGUAUCCAAUCAAAAUUACUUUUGACUCAUCUAACAACAGUUUGUUAGCUUACCACGGGAUCCCGCGCGAGAUACGUGUACUCCGCCCAGACGGAAGUCAAGUGUCUUCAAUGAAAACGGUAUCAGGAGCUAGGGACAUUGCACUUACUAAAGACAGACAAAUUGUAGCCACGUGUGGACAGGAGAGUAUCUUGUCCAGAAGCGUGCAGAUACUUAAGUUUAGCGGCCAAUAA